UCUGGCUGUGAAACGGAGACAAUCGGUUAAGGGACCUGGUGUGACAAGGAGCUGGAAGGCUCUGUAAUAGGGCCCGGCGGGAAUCAUUGUUUCUGAAACUAAGAGCCUCCCUCUUAUGUUAGAGGCUGGCAGAUCUUCACGUUUAUAGCACACUUAUGAGUACAAGUAGGAAGUUACGAUUGCAGUAGAGCUUUCCAUCUGUGUGUAACUGGUUUAGAGUGGUAACUGUGAAUCUUCUCAGGCUUCUCUCCUCUGUAGGUGAGAGGAUAGUGUUCUAAUUAUACCCCUUAUGCCCAGCAGUUUGGGCUCACUGAAAGUAGCUCUGUCUUCUGAGGAGUUCUGGAGGCCGAAGGCUGUUGCUAUUGGCAGGGAAGCCAUGAGCCACCAGCUGUGUUAGCACCUGCAGCUGAAUGGUAUCACCUUCCUAAUUACAAAGGGGACAGAAAAACAGCCCCACAGCCCACUGCUAUCAAAAAAGGAGUCCCAGAAGUCUGUUGAUUAAAGCAAGUAGGUGACUUCUUUCCUGGCAGGUAUUGCUCUGGGUAUAGCUUGGGGUGCUGUAUCUCCUCCAGCUUUUCCAAGUACCUGGAGAGCUGCAGAGCUCCGGCAGGCUCUGCUGUAUGAGAAGUCGAGGUGUGCAAGUGGUGGUUUGAGGUUUGUAGUGCUCUAGCAUUGCAAUGCUGCUUUCUGUUUUGAAGGUUUGGUGCUAUAUUUAAGAAAACAUAUUCAGUAAAUACUAGAACCUCGGGGUGAGAAAAUGGCUGAGAUAAAUGUGCUUUUUCUUCACUUGUUGGACUUCCAUGACUUUAACAUGUGAGUAGGGGUAACUUUUGCAUCUCUGCAGCACAUGUUAAAUAAGCAAGUAUAAAAAGUUGGUCUGUGGAAAACUAAGGGUGCAAGAUUCUGAGUAUAAGGCACAUCAAAAAGAAAAGUGAACGUGGGGCAGAGUGGAAAGGGGAAAUGCCUGAGCUGUUUCAGAAUGUGUGCUCAGUUCACUGCUUAUUUUCCCGAUGUCUCAAACCAUUUUACAAAUGCUAGCUACAAGCAGACUGCUAACAAGCAUCAACAGAUGUAGAUGAUAAUAAAAUCCAGUUUGGAGGCUCUGCAGAAAUGAUGCUUGUUCUUAGCCAUAUUUUUUCCUGCCUUUUCUUGAAGUACUUUCUGUCCUAAUGUUUGCUUUGACCCUGCUGUGGCAGCAUCUGAGCAGAACCCUUGCAGGUUUUUAGAAGAAACCAGAAGUUGUUUUUCACAGUUUUGAGUUCUGCAUGAAUCUCCUGUUGCUUUUACUUGACUUGCCAUUUGAUAGCUUUGGAAUGAAAGUGUUUUAUAGGUAUUAAUUAAAAUAAGCUUGUGUAAUUGUAUGUGUUUUGCCAACUUGGAGCCACGGUGUUGAUAGUUGUACACCUAACAAUGCAAAUACUGCUUAUCAGUUGUCAGACCAUUGAUUAAUCUGCCUGGGAGUUGCAAGUAUUGCUUCAUAAACAAAUCAGCCAGAGUCACUCUGCUGGUCUGACCCAGAAAUCUGUAUGACUCAUGCAUCUGUAUGUACAGAACUGUUCUUAACGGGCCAGAAGAAGAAAAAAAGCAAAGUUUUGCCUGCGGUUUGUUUGCAUGACACUGAAGGCAUUGCCCUCUGCUGACUUCGUCCCAACUGAGCUGAAAGCAGUUUCAUUAGGUUUACAACUUCAAGUAAGGAAAGGGAAUUGGAAGAGCCUUCUCUGCUGAUUUUCUUGGCUACUUGAUAGGAAUCUUCUUGGAAAGGUCAUGCUGAAAUUAAUUGUUUUCAAUAUUUAGUAAAUAAUACUCAACAUUUUCUGUAUCAUCAUUUGUAAGUUCCCUGUUUAGCAGGUCCUCUGUGCUUGCCAAAUGUGGAGAUACCAUCUCACGUUUUGGGUAAGCAGGGUACGAUGCCUAGUCUUUUCCCCUCCUGUUACCCCAAUGAGUGUAAUUUUGCAGGCAGUUGGAAGGUAUCUCAUGUACAAUGUAGCCUUUGAUUUAGGAAGCCUGUGGCUCUUUGCUGGAACAAGAUAAUCUGUAAAAGUCCUGACUAAACUCCAUGAUACUGUGGGACUUCACGAGUCAGACUGCAGAGCUUCAUUGCGCACAAUAAUUUAAGGGCGUUCUUUGCGGCACUUGACCUGCUGCUAUGAGCCUGCUGCACAGUGAUAACAGCUGUGGAGCCCGAGACAUGGAUGGCGGCUGCUGUGCAGCCAUGGCCAGCGCUUGCAGCGGGGGAGCAAAAGAAGACAGCGUGAGCGUCAGCAGUGGGACAGGCAACCCGUCCAGCUCCUUCACAGAGGAGACACAGGGGUACGAUGUGGAGUUCGACCCACCCUUGGAAAGUAAAUAUGAGUGUCCCAUCUGUCUGAUGGCCCUUCGGGAAGCAGUGCAGACGCCAUGUGGUCACCGUUUCUGCAAAGGCUGCAUUGUCAAAUCAAUAAGAGAUGCGGGGCACAAAUGUCCAGUGGACAAUGAAAUUCUACUUGAAAAUCAACUCUUUCCAGACAACUUUGCUAAGCGGGAAAUCCUUUCAUUAACGGUUAAGUGUCCCAACAAGGGCUGCAGUAUGAAGAUGGAGCUGAGGCAUUUAGAGGAGCAUCAGAUGAAUUGUGAUUUCACCACUGUGGAAUGCCCACAGUGCCAAGGAGCCUUUCAGAAGAACCACCUCAAAGAGCACAUGACACAGGAGUGUCCGCGGCGUCAAGUCUGCUGUCCAAACUGUGCCACAUCUAUGGCUUAUGAAGAUAAAGAGCUUCAUGACCAAACCUGCCCUCUUGCCAAUGUAUUCUGUGAAUAUUGCAACACAAUGCUCAUCAGGCAGCAGAUGCCUAACCAUUACGAUAAUGACUGUCCUACUGCCCCAGUACCAUGUUUCUACAGUGCCUUUGGGUGUCCUGAAAAGAUGCAGAGGAACGAACUGGCACGACACAUGCAGGAAUUCACUCAGGUUCACAUGAGAAUGAUGGCUCAGAGCAUUCAAAGUAUCAGUGUUACUGCUACAAACCCUGUACCCUUUAUCAACGGUCUACCGUUUGAGCCUGCCCUCUUCUCCCACGUGACACGUGCCCCAUAUAGUUGUAAUCCAGAAGUUGAAAACUUUAAAGAAACUAUUCAGCAAUUGGAAGGUCGUCUGGUGAGACAAGAUCACCAAAUCAGAGAACUCAUUGCAAAGAUGGAGACACAGAACACUCACAUGGCAGAACUCAAACGUACUAUCCGAGAUUUGGAGGGAAAGAUUACUGAAAUGGAGGCACAACAAUGUAAUGGUAUUUACAUCUGGAAGAUCGAGAACUUCAGUGGACUUCAGAAAGCCCAGGAAGAAGAAAGACCUGUUGUGAUGCACAGUCCUGGCUUCUAUACUGGAAAACCUGGCUACAAGCUGUGUUUGCGCCUGCAUAUCCAGUUACCAAAUGCUCAGCGGUGUGCUAAUUUUAUAUCUCUGUUUGUCCACACGAUGCAAGGAGAAUAUGACAGCCAUCUGCCUUGGCCUUUCCAAGGCACUAUACGACUUUCUAUUUUGGAUCAAUCGGAAGGCCCUGAAAGGCAGAAUCAUGAAGAAGUGAUGGAAGCCAAGCCAGAGUUACUAGCCUUCCAGAGACCAACAAUUCCCCGUAAUCCGAAAGGUUUUGGUUAUGUGACUUUCAUGCACCUGCAAACUUUGAAGCAAAGAACCUUUGUAAAGGAUGAUACCCUCCUGGUGCGCUGUGAAGUUCUAACACGUCUCGACUUAAACAGCCUUCGCAGGGAAGGAUUUCAAGCUCGCAGUACCGAUGGAGCUGCGUAACCAAGUCUUAAGCGGAUUCAUGGAGCCCUGGUCAUACUCCUCCACCACAGAUACAUGCACGCUCCAUUGUCCAUAUAGACUGAAUGAAUAAGAUUGUAAAUGCCACCACAGUUGAUCUUCACCUGAAUAGCUCUAUGAGGUCACAUGUUUGAAUACUAGCAAUUGUUCUCUAUUAAAGUCGUAAGCUCUUCUGUAGCAAGCUAACUAAAAGUGUGGUUAAUCAAAACUGCCUACAAGAAAAUCCUACUGAAGUACAAUCCUACUGAAGUACCUAUGCAUUUCUGUUUGGCAAGUGUGAGCCAUAUCAGAAAAGACCUGUAAAUCUUUGCAGCUCAGUGCUUUGGAGUAGAUUCUGCAGCAGGGAAAUCAUACGUAGGUAAAUUAAUAAAGAUGAGGGCUGGGCUUUUUUUUCAUGGAGUUUGGGAAAGCUUUGUCUUGAAUGAGAUGGUUUCUAUAUUGACUUACCUAGGAUUUUUAAUUGACUAUGCUUCUCUUGAAAUCUGAAGUCAAGUUAAGGCUUUGACGUAACAAGGUGAGAUGCUUUGACCCUUUGCUACAGUUAGAAGUUGUGCAUCAGUAUCAGGUUGAUAGUAGAAUUUCUGAAGGCAGGUGGUUGUGUUGUGAGGAAGGCUAAGAGAGCCAAGCUCUUAGAAAUAUUUGUAAGAUGGUCCUAAAGUGCUACUCCCCAUUGCUCUCUGAUCCAGACUUUCCUAAGUGUGUGUAUGUGAUGUGUGUUCCAGGCCCAGAAUCUUAAUUAUUGUCACUAGAGGUAAGUGUAGCAUUAGACUGAGAGGUGUUGUCAGGAGGUGGGUAGGUACAUGAGCAGAGGUAUACAGUAACCAGGCAAGGUUGCAGAAUUUGUUGUUUUAUUUUGUUGUUGUUGAAGCCUACAUUUGAAGCACUGUUGAACUUGGGAUCUGCAUCUGAGUCAUCCCUUCCCUUGACAUUCUGGGUAAUAUUAACUAUGUAAUCUCUUAAUACUCAGUGGACAGCUGGCCACAUCAGCUUACAGCUGUUGUGGCCAUUUCCUGUCCCAUUAGACAAUAGGACCUUGCGCCUCCUUAACACUUUGGGAGAGAAGAAAAGCCUAUUAAUUAGUGUGAAGGAAAACCUGCAGUCCUGUUUGUACUCAGGAAAAAAACCUGUCUUCCGUAACAGCUCUUUAACCAAACACUAAGUUCACUGGUUCAAGGAUUCAUGAGCUUCCUCAUGUUACAUGUGUUGCUGUUUCCUCUACUUUUUAUUUAUAUGCCAUAUAAAUCCUAGUUUUGACCAGUCAAAGCAGAACAGGUAAGUUCACUGGUGCUAAUAAUUUACCAUAGUACUGAUAAAGCAUGGAUCUUUUCCUUCAGAAACAGCAAAGAGAAGUCUUCCUCCCUAACUGAAGUGUACGGCCUAAGGCAGAGUAAAGCAGUAAGCCGUACUGGAGCAUCUCUUUUCCAUUAUUUCUGGGGAAAAAAAAAAAAAAGUUGUGAAAUAGGGUCAGGACUCAGGAUGCUGCAACUUAAAAGGCACUGAAAAGCAGCCCAAGUAUGUGGCCCCUUCAAAGCAACCUCAAGGGGAUCAUCAUUGGGAAAGUGCAUGCAAGUGCGUAUACUUAAUAAACACGGGACUAAGGAACAAAAACUAAAGUACGGUGAUAGGGGAGAUUUCUUCACCUCCUUGUAGGAGCUUAGAAAUUGCAGGCCUCUACCUUUACCGGUUUGUUCAGCUGGAUGCAAUGAACCAAUUCAUUUUGCAGAUAGAGCCUAAUAACUGCAGAGAGAUUGUUCAGUUAAGUGUUGUUGCUGCUGAAUGCUGAACUUCUGGCGAAUUGUGACAGUCGCAAGUGACUUAGUAUAUUUGUUGUAUUUGGAGGACAAGUUAUAUCUUAUAUUACUCAGUAACAGGAAAAGUUCCAUGCUUUACAUCUGUCUAUUUAAACCUCUUAAGUCAAUUUCAUACUGCAUAGUCUCAUCCCACCAUCUGAAUUCUUUAACUGGGGACACAGUGGAACCAGUGGUGGUAGUUCAGCCAUUCUCACUGACAAGCUUUUAGUACAUGUAACAGUACUCAGAUCUGCAGUAGCCAGAAGACAAUUCUUUACGCUUCACAGCAGUUCUGUAGUCCUUUUUGAACUGUUUGUUACCCAUCAUUUUCCAAGAUACUCAAACAUCACCGUUCUCCUCUUUCUGGGUGGGUUGGUGGAGAAAGGCAGAAGAAGGACUGCUAAGUAGUAGCAGGAAGCAGCUCUCAGUUCCUUACCCUGGUGAUGUUAACAAAAGGGCCCUGUCUGCUCUAAGAGUUUAUAACAAAGACUCACUAAGUGCAUUAAUACUUUCCGUUUGAAGCUUUGUGUAGGAAACUUUCAACUACAACAAACUGAAUUCUUGCUUUGAGCCUUUCCUGCUACAUUAGGUAUAGUUCUGCUUCAGGAGGAAACUCAGUGUGGUGGCAGGUUCAGAUGUUUAAAUGAUUCAGGUUAACACUGUACAAUAGCACAACCCAAUAGCAAAUAGAAAGCACAAUAGAAAGCAUGUAUUGACCAUGUAAGUAGGAAUGCUGGAGUCACUGCUGCUAUUCUACUCAUUUCUGCUUUGUUAUUAUCAAGUAGAAUUCUGAGUGAUGCCAAGUUACCAUAAUGCCAGAGUUUUACCGAAGCUUUGACAGCUAAUGUGCUAAAUAUUAAUUACUUCUGCCCUGAAGGAGAAAUGUUAAUGAAACAUUAACUUAUGUAUUAGUUCCAUUCCCUCAUUCUUUCCCCACCUUUAACUGCAGUUCCAGUGCUUUCUCUUUCAAAUAAGAGCAGCAUCUGCAGCCAAUGGAAAAACUGAAGAGUCUGGAUUGAUCCCAUCUCACUGUACUUGUCAUGACUCUGACCCUUUAUUCACACUUUCCUAAGGUUAGUACAAAGGUGCUCGGUUUCCAUAUGGAAAUAGUCUUAAUUAAAUAGCCUUUUUUUUUUUUUUCCAACCUUAAGAAUUUGAUCAUCUAUUUUAAGAAAUCUUUAUGGUGGGGUGGGCUGAGAACUCCUUUAAAAAUGGAAGCAGAAUAGCGGGCAGCCUUGAGAGUCAUACCUGAAACAAACAAAAAUAGGAGUAUUCAGUCAGUUUCCUGUCUAGUUCUUUCAGGAAUUAGGUUCUCUACCUUUCUGCCACUCGUGAUGCUUUGUGGCAUUAUCGGAUCUCAAGGUGUUUCAGUACGGGGCUUAGCUUCUUUGUCUUCUGAAUUUCUGUCAUCUUGAAUGUGCUUCAAGUCAGACUCUUAGUACAUGUAUUUGCAAAGCUGCUAUGGCACAUUUUCCAGUUGUAAUAUAUUGCAGAUGUGUUCUCUUUUUGCCUCUGAAUGUCUUCCCCUGCAGGGCAGGGAAAAAUGUACUGAAAAUGUUGGUAUGUGAUGUAUAUAUGUGGGAGCUCAGAUAGCAUGAGCUACCUUGUGAAGUGGUCUCAUGUUAUGCCUGUUUGUGUUUGCUGGCGAGGGCUUCAACUCGCUAAUGAAAGAAAUCAGGGUGGCCUUUCUGCUCUUCUCUAGAGAGACUCUCAUCAUCAAGUACCUUAAUGAUAGAUGCAAGAGAUUAUUCUGGGGUCAGUGUUAAAAGUUUGUAUUGGUUUCCAUUUGAACAGAAUUUAAGGUACUCUUGUUCCUUUUAAAGUAUCAAUAGAUUAAUAUAUUUUGUAAUUAAUACACAGCUAUAUUUCUGACAGGAUUUUUUUAAAAAAUAAAGUAAUUAAACCAUG